AAGUGUUGGGGAAAAGGACACAUAUUUAUUUCUCAUUUUCCUAAAUUAAUCGAGAUAUACGAGAGUCGAUCCGAACAUUACCAUUUUUUUUGAAAAAAAAAACCUAAUGCAUAUACCACAUAAGAGGGCCCUAAAAAUAAAAUUCAAAGGAAAAUUCCUAUGAGGGCAAAGGGACAGUAGUGAGUUAGGUAAAGCUGUUCCUCUGUCCUAAAAAAAAAUCGAUUCUUUAACCCAAAUUACCAAAUUCAGAUCGAUUUUCUCAGCUCAGAGACUUCGAAAAUCCAUUUCUACAGACACCCUUUUCCCUUUUACUGAAUCAUUGCCAUGUCUUGUUCAAUAUUUUUGCUCAUUUUUGCUCUAUUUGUGUCAAUCUUGGAACAAUCGGUUUCGGUUUCGAACGGAUCGCAGCGGGUGAUUCUUCGGGCGAUUAGUGGGCAAGAUGGUGAAAAGCCUGACUUUGCUGUUGAAUUGAACGCCACCAACUUUGAUUCAGUACUCAAAGAGACUCCUGCACCUUAUGCUAUUGUUGAAUUUUUUGCACACUGGUGCCCUGCUUGCAGAAAUUAUAAGCCACAAUAUGAGAAGGUUGCGAGACUCUUCAAUGGAGCAGAUGCCAGUCAUCCAGGGCUCAUAUUGAUGACGAGGGUAGACUGUGCAUUAAAGAUAAAUUCUAAUCUUUGUGAUAAGUUCUCUGUGAAGUAUUACCCAAUGCUUCUCUGGGGACCUCCUAAGAAGUUUGUUGGUUGGGAUCCAAAACAAGAAAAUAAUGAAAUUCUCACCAUUGAAAGAGGACGCACAGCUGACAUCCUUCUAGGUUGGAUCAACAAACAACUGGGAAGCUCAUAUGGCUUCGAUGAUGGGAAGUAUGAGAAUGAGCAUCUUCAGAGGAACUUCUCGGAUCCUGGCCAGAUUGCCAAAGCUAUAUAUGACAUUGAGGAGGCAACGUCUUCUGCCUUUGGCAUCAUUCUAGACCAAAGAAUGAUUAAAUCAGGGACUCGGGCUUCACUUAUAAAAUUCCUUCAACUUUUGGUGGCUCAUCAUCCUUCUAAGAGAUGUCGGAAGGGCAGUGCAGAUAUACUGGUUGACUUUGAUAAUCUUUGUCCUUCGGAGAUAUUGCUAGCGAAUAAUGAAGCUGACAGCUGCAGCAAGAAGGCUGCACUGGGAAAUUACCAAAUUUGUGGGAAAGAGGUUCCUCGUGGAUAUUGGAUGUAUUGUCGUGGCAGCAAGAAUGAUACCAGAGGUUUCAGUUGCGGUUUGUGGGUGUUGUUACACUCACUAUCUGUCAGAGUUGAGGAUGGAGAAAGUGACUUGGCAUUCAGAACUACCUGUGAUUUUAUAUACAACUUUUUCGUCUGUGAGGAAUGUAGGCAACACUUUCAUGGCAUGUGUUCAAGUGUAUCUAGUCCUUUCAAGAAAGCGCGUGAUUUUGCCCUCUGGUUGUGGAGUGCCCACAACCAAGUUAAUGAGCGACUAAUGAAAGAUGAAGAAUCACUAGGAACAGGUGAUCCUGAAUUUCCCAAAGUUACUUGGCCUCCAAAACAACUUUGUCCGUCAUGUUAUCUCAACCCAGGCAAAACGAGCGAUAAAAACAGUAAGAUUGAUUGGAACGAGAAUGAGGUCUUUAAGUUUCUGGUUAGUUACUAUGGGAAAGAGCUAGUGAAUCUCUACAAGGACAAAGAGUUGCAAGCAGGUGUUGGGACUGAAAAAACAGUUAAUGAGGAGCUGGUAGCUUCAACAAAUGCAGUUGUGGUUCCACUGGGAGCUGCAUUGGCAAUUGCAGUUGCGAGCUGUGCAUUUGGAGCGUUGGCUUGCUUUUGGCGUUCUCAGCAAAAGAAUCGGAAGUAUAAACAUCUACACUCUUUGAAGAAUAUAUGACUAUUACUUAUGACAUCAUUCAAGUUGGUAUAACAACAAAAACAACAUAAUUUUAAAGCAAAAUUUGAAAGAUUUUUCAAGAGGUGGAGUUUGAGAUCAUUGGAGGUUGACAUUCUUGCUGUCUUAUUGUUUUUUUCUCUUCCGCGAACAUUUCAGGCCAAGAAGAAGCUGGAACUGAGUGUGUUAAACGGGACAGAUCUUCACAUGGUGUAUGUAUAAUUCAGAUACAAGUCAAACGAGGCGCGAAGUAGGAAACAACUGAGAUGAUUCAUAUGUGGAACUCUACUGCUAAAGAUUUUUAAAUCAUACUUCCUUUUCAUUUCCUAAUUUUCCCAAAUGGAGUGUACAGAUUUACUUCCAAGUGUAACUGCACAAAGAUGUUAUUUUGAGAACCUGCAUUUUCACCCCCUGCUAUUCCUCUCUCCAUCUGAUCUUUGAUUCUUCCCUGUCUUGA